GUCUGCGAUGAUUAACCCGUCUGUAACGUCAUUCUAGGCAGUUCGAUCGGUAGCGGGAGCGGAGAGCGGACAGCAGGGAGCUCGAAGGCAGCAGCCCCCCACCGCCGGCCUAAGUUACCAUCAACACCCGGGGUCAAAGUAAACAGCGAGCCGCCGCCGGCCCGAGUCACCACCUCUGAAGGGAAACACAACCAUUUUGUACCACCAUGAGCAGCAGCGACGUCGAAACCCAACAGCAGCAGCCAGCCGCCCUGGAAAGCAAGUCAAGCCCGGAACCGGCGGCCACUGUGGGGGAGAAGAAGGUCAUCGCAACCAAGGUUUUGGGCACUGUCAAAUGGUUUAAUGUGCGUAACGGAUAUGGCUUCAUCAACAGGAAUGACACCAAGGAAGACGUGUUUGUACACCAGACUGCCAUUAAGAAGAACAACCCAAGGAAGUAUCUUCGCAGUGUGGGAGAUGGAGAGACUGUGGAGUUUGAUGUAGUGGAGGGAGAGAAGGGUGCAGAGGCAGCAAAUGUAACUGGUCCAGGUGGUGUUCCAGUGCAAGGCAGCAAGUAUGCAGCAGAUCGCAACCAUUACAGGCGCUAUCCACGUCGCAGAGGUCCUCCACGUAACUACCAGCAAAACUACCAAAACAGUGAAAGUGGUGGAGAGAAGCCUGAAGAAAAUGAGAUUGUGGCAGAUGGAGAGGGCGCAAACCAACAACGCCCUUACCGGAGGCGUCGUUAUCCUCCAUACUACUUAAGGAGACCGUAUGGGCGCAGACCACAGUAUUCUAAUGCCCCAGUACAUGGUGAAGUAGUUGAGGGAGAAGGCCAAGGUACAGGCGAUCAAGGCAGACCAGUGAGGCAAAACAACAUGUACAACAGAGGCUUCAGACCACGAUUCCGCAGGGGACCACCUCGUCAGAGACAACCAAGAGAAGAUGGAAAUGAAGAAGACAAGGAAAAUCAGGGGGACGGAACCCAGAGUCAGCAGCCACCUCAACGUCGUUAUCGCCGUAACUUUAACUACAGACGCAGACGCCCAGAAAACCCUAAACCACAAGAUGGUAAAGAGACCAAGGCAGCCGAAACAUCAGCAGAAAACACGUCCGCUCCCGAGGCUGAGCAGGGCGGGGCUGAGUAAAUACCGGCUUACCACCUCUACCACCAUCCGGUUUUGUCAUCAAAAAAGUCCAAGAUUGAAAUUCCAGCAAUAAGAAAUUGAACAAAGAAUUGGAACUGAAGACCUUAAGUGCUUGCUUUUUGCUGUUGACCAGAUAAUAUCGUUCUGCAUGAUUUCUUGCAGCGAUUUUAUUUUUUAUCUAAGAUCUCCUUUUGGGAAUGACAAGUUUUUUAAAUAAAAA